UCGCUCUUUCUCUUCCCAUUCUUUUGACUCCCCGCUGCUCUAAGGCUUAGGGUUCUUCGUUUACGCGUUUCUUUCUCUCGUUGAUUGCAUUUGUUUUAGAAAUUGUGUAAUAGUCGAAAGACUAAGAUCAUCACUGUUUUACAUAACAAAUGGAUGAAGCAUUGGAUUUGGAUGAGAAUGCUUCUGGCAAUGACAGCGAUGUUUCGUCAGUCGCGAGCAAUCUCCAUGAUGAAGAGAUUAUCCCUUUUUUUACAAGAGAAGAUAUCGAAACAACCUCACCGUCGAGGCGAGAUGGUAUUGAUUUGAACAUGGAAAAUAGCCUACGCAACUCUUACUGUUCAUUUUUGGAAAAUCUCGGCGAAAGAUUGAAACUUCCCCAGGUAACGAUAGCCACUGCUACGGUAUUCUGUCACCGAUUCUUCAUUCGUCAAUCGCACGCCAAGAAUGACAGAUGGACAAUUGCAACAGUCUGCAUGCUCCUAGCUGGGAAGGUUGUGGAAACUCCAGUGGCUUUAAAAGACGUUAUUAUUGCUUCUUAUGAGAUUAUACACAAGAAGGAUUUUUCUGAUGCUCAGAAAAAGGAAGUAUAUGAGCAACAGAAAGAGCUUGUAUUGAGUGGAGAGGAGCUUGUUCUUUAUACAUUAAACUUUGAUCUCUAUAUUAGUCUCCCUUAUAGACCUCUUGUCGAAGCAAUUAAGAGAUUUAUGGUUGACGAUGCUAAGACCGAUCUUGCCCCACUUUCAUGGAAUCUUAUCAACGAUUGUCGACGGACGACGCUCUGCCUGCAGUAUAAGCCUGAUCACAUAGCUGCUGGUGCUCUUUUCCUUGCUGCUGAGCUCCUAAAAAUGGACUUGCAAUCAUAUGGAGAGGUCUUGUGUCAAGAUUUUGAUAUCCCAGCUUGUCAAUUAGAGGAUAUUCGAGGCCAAAUACAUGAGAUUUAUGAGAGAAAGCAUAUUCCUACAUCUCAAGAAAGCAAAGCUGAAAGUAGUGGUGGUGUAGCUGUAGUGCAUCAACCUUUAUCCAGAGAUAUGGCUUCCACAGAUAAGUGUCCAAGUUCUGAUAUCGAAGUUGGCUCAUCGAAAGUCAAUCUAAGCCAGAGCGAUGAUCAUUCAGUCCACGAGGGGUCUAGGCCUGAAGAAAUUGGAGAGGAGCAAUCAGAAAAUGAAGCUGGAAAGAAUCGAGAUGACCAUUCUGUUCAUACUAUAAUUGUUGAGACAAGUGAUAAUGCUGCGGUCAGCCAAUUGGAGAAAGACUUGCAAGUGCUUCAAGAGGAGGUGGAUGAUGCUAAACAAGAGAAAGAUAAGAAGUCCUUUGACAAAGAUAUACAGAAGAGGGAUUUGAUGGAUGAGAAGGACUUGAGUAAAAGAGAAGCAGAAGAAGAGGAUAGCAUUACGAGAAGACAAAGCUUGAUGAACCCUGAUGACAACAGGAGUGUAGAACACAGUGAGCUUCUAGAUGCAAACAACUCAGGUAUUGAGGCUGAUGCCUCUCUGAUGAAUGACAGUGAUAUAUGAAAGAAUUGAAGAUGGUGAAAUAUUGGUAUAGAUUUUCAGCUGACAAGCUAUUGGAAGAACUGGGUUUUGGAGAGACGACUAUUGGGAAGAGCUUAUAAGUAAAAGAGUUUUGGAGAGACAAUUUAUUUUAUGUUUCUCCAAAACACGAUGGUUUUGGUUUCAAGAUUUUUGGUAGAUCAUCAUGACUUUAUAAAUCUUGUCUCUGUCCACUAGUUUUAACCCUAAGAAUCUGUAAAUAGUAAAUGCAUGUACAAAGUUUCUUUGUUUUUGCCUUA